AUGAGCUCUACCGAUCUCUUUCUCAAUAAGCCGACGCCAAGUCAGCUUGGAGAGAAAGGGAGAGUCGCAACGCUUGGGAUGUUCAUCAUCGAUCAUUUCGAAGUGACGGACCCCGAUGGUCAAAAGCGUCAGACCGAAGAAGAAGCGGUGCCGAUGAUCGCUGCCCGAAUGUUCUUAUCUCCGUCGCACGUCGGUCUCGUCGUGGACAAGGGCACCGACUUUCCACCCGCUUUCGAAAAUAAGCUAAGUGUGCUGGGUGAGGGCGUGUAUUGGCGGGCCAGGGAGGGCGGAACGACUCGGGCUUUGAAUGUUUACUCGGGGAGUGAAGUAGGCGAGGGACAUCAAUCGUUCCGGUACUUGACACCAUCGCUCCAGAUUCACUUGUCAGAUCUGGUCUGUCCGCCUUCACCGUGGGCGCAAGACCGGCCAGAAUGGGUACACGUCGUUGUGCGAUAUCCGAGAGCGCACGCUAUUGUCGCUGAGCGGGACGCUAUCGCGCGGGGAGAGGUCGAGGGGGUGGUUUCAUCUUGGAAGCCGAAGAUGAUCUGGGAACCACUGGAUGUGCAGAGAAUAGGAGUAGACGAAUGGUGUCGCCUCGCCGUCAACUUCGAGGUUAUCUCACCUAAUCUUCUGGAGCUACAACAUAUCCUGCACCUCAAUCACGACACGCAGCAAGACACGACAGCCCAAACAGAGUCCGCAGCUACCCGUCUUCACUCCCUUCUUGAACCACUAGCCCAAUCGUCCGGCCGUACAAUACCGACAAUCGUCCUCCGUGCAGGCAAGUACGGGUCUUACACUAUCAGUCCCACCUGGAAGGGCUGGACGCCCGCGUACUGGCAGGAGGAGGAGCAAGGGAGAGUAGUUGAUCCGACGGGGGGCGGGAAUGGGUUCUUGGGUGGGUUUGCGGCGGGGAUGAUACUUUCCGGAGAUGAUGCGCGAUUUGCUACGAUCUGCGGAUCAGCGGCUGCGAGCUUCAUGAUCCAGCAACGGGGGCUGCCUGUGUACGGUCUGUCAGGUCAGGAUGGGGUCGGGGGAAGGUGGAAUGGCGAUGAUCCGUGGGCGAGAGCAAGGGACAUCGCCGCAAGGAUGCAGGAGCCAUAG